AUGUCAUCUAUAUUCAUAUCAUUCUGUUUCAUUAAAACUGUCACAGGAAAUGACAAGUAUACGUCUGGGAACACCUUAUAUCAGAUGAAAGGUGAUGAACCUCUCACCUUGAUAUCUGAAGAUACCCUAGACUUUGAAAUGCUAAAUGAAAACAAUUUGAUCCCCCAUUUUAAACAUUCAAAAAACCUACCUCAUAUUAUACACUUAAAAGAAGAUAGAAAACAUGCAUCAAGAAAACAAUUCCCACUCCAGAAUGCCUUGGCCCUCACCACUCAUAAAGUGCAAGGUUUAACAUUACCUUAUGUAACUACUUCCAUUGAUGAAUCCUUAUUUGUUGAAGGUCAAGCCUACGUCUGGUCAUCAAAAGAAGUCAAUCUAUUUCUCAAGAAGAGAUUUGCGGAAGAUUGGAAUACACUAGAAGAAUGUUUCGAGAAACAUAACGUGACCGGAAGUACAUUAUUGAAUUUGAAAGUAGAAAAUCUACGCCAAGCAGGUACCGUUUAUGGUCGCAAAAAGAUUGGAGAUACUAUUGAGCAAAUAGCGAGAAAGACUAUCUACAUUCAAGCCUAUGAUUAUGAGGGUGAAAUGUUGGAAAAGUUUGAAGAAUAUGCGAUGUAUGGCGAGGAAGAUCUUCGCGACUUUUUGAAGGCAGUUGACGGGAAGGGAUUGGAAUCUAUUGAUGAUAAUAAUGAAGGAGUUGUCUGGUCAAAAAUUAAGGAUCAGGCAAUGGAGGAAAGAAACAUUAUUGGUCAUACAACUGCUCUCAAUGAAAAGAUCAGAGCACCUACAAAAACCUUUUCUAAACGAAUAAUGAAGGAUCCGGAAGGCAACCCAUUAAUUGAGUGGGAUGGAAUCUUAAUUUGUGAAGAUAGAAUAUUUUUGUGUGAAGCCAAACAUAACAUGACGAUUGUAAGAAUUUCCGAAAAAAAACUCAAAUCUACUUCAGAUCCAGAAUUCAAAAAAUUGUUGGGAAAACAACACAUUGGAGUUGCCUGUGGGACAAAAUUUCCUGAGGAAGUGAAAUCCAUGGCGAGAGAUGAAUUGGGAUUGAUAGUAGUAUUUCCCGGUUGUAAUCGUUAUAAGUGA